AUGGCCGGCGCGGGCUCCUCGUCAGGCGGGUCGGGCGGCGGCGGGGGCGGCGGCAGGGAGGGCGACUGGGACUGCGGCGGCUGCAGCAACCGCAACUACGCCUUCCGCUCCCUCUGCAACCGCUGCAAGCAGCCGCGCCUCCUCGUCGACCCCCACACCCCGCGCGACUCCAAGUGGCUCCCACGCGCCGGCGACUGGAUCUGCAACGGUUGCAGUAACAAUAAUUAUGCAUCCAGAAAGAACUGCAAAAAGUGCGGCCUGCCCAAGGAGGAAGCAGCCAUGCCAGCAAUGGGGGGGCUGCUGCCAGCUUACGCAGAUUACAUGGCUAGGGUGCAGCAGAUUGAGAAUGCUGGCUACAAGAUGAACUUUGGGAUGCCUGGAAAUUCAGCUCUGCAGCAGCAGCUGCUUGCUCAUGCAAACUGGCAGUAUGGGAUGGCUGGUAGAUACGGUAUGCAGUCUUCUGCCUGGCAAUUUGGAGGCAACACCACAAAUCAGUUUCAAGUUGGUCCUCCGAAAGACUGGCGUGAGGGGGACUGGCUCUGUAGCUGUGGAUUUCACAACUAUUCAUCUCGUACUCAGUGCAAAGAGUGUAAUGCACCUGUCCCAUCAGGCAUGGCCUCUACAACAAUGAAAACCACAGGAACAGAUACUUCUUCCACACUAGGUAAUAAGCGUUUGGCAUCAGAAGAGCUGGCUAAUGACUGGGAUAAUAAAAGACUUAAUCCAGGAAAUGCUGAUUAUCCACUUUCAGUAUGUCUUGUGGGCCUUUUACUUUUCAUUGAUGGUUUACCUAAUACUUACAUGAUCUUGAUGUAUUUUCCAAUCUUAUUGAAGAUAGCAGGCUCAGACAGAGCUGGACAGACGGCUUAUUCGGGGUAUGACAAUGGGCACACAACGGCAUUACCCUCUGGACAAAUUUCAGCGAUGCCUGGUGUUGGACAAGGAGCAAAAUGGCGCGAAGGGGACUGGCUGUGCAGCAACUGCAACAAUCAUAAUUAUGCAUCUCGUUCAUUCUGCAACAGGUGCAAAUCUCAGAAAGAAUCUUCAGUUCAUCCUGGCGCGCUGUAGCUUACUUGUGCAUUUUGCCACCGCGGUUAUUCAAGUAUUGGAGAUUCCUUAGCUCUGCUGCAAGCUGAUUAGUAGCUGGGCCACCAGGAUUGUUGUUUGUUUGGGGUUUUGUCUGAAAGUCUAAUAUUGCUUAUUGAAGUUUGCUUUUGUUUAUGUCUAGAAUAAAAUGUUUUUUCAUGUAUGUUCAAGUGUACCAUUCAGUUGUUGGAACAAUUUGUUACUCUUAGUACCCAGACAGAUAUACUAUCCAGACAGAUACGACAGAAUGUAAUGUAAUGCUUGAUUUAUUUCCAAGUGCUUAUGCAGGAUUCUAUUAUUUUUCUGAA